AUGCCGGGCAAGAGAGGCGCCAGGACCUUCCUCGACCACCUUCCAGAGGACAUCAUCGACAGAAUACUCAUCCGGUUGCCGCCCCGGGACGUCGGCCGCUGCCGCGUCGUCUGUGCGCUGUGGCGCAGUGUCACCUCCACGCCUGAAUUCAUGCUCGAACACCGCCGCCGCCAGCCAUCGCUCCCCAUCGUCGACGGGGCCGGACGAUCUGCCAGUCUCGUUGUCGUCCGUGACGCCGGCGCGAGGACCACCAGUCAGCAGCUCUGGCCUUUCCUCGCAGGUUUCGAACACCGUAACGAUGAGGUUUGUCUCCGAUGCACCUGCGAUGGCUUCACCAUCAUCGCCCGUAGAGGUCAGUUCUACAUCUGCAACCCAGUCACCCGCAAGCAAGCUCUCCUACCGCAACCUCCAUCUGGGCUAGGCGUCCGCACCACCGUAAUUGCUUUAUACAUGCACCAUCCAACCGGAGAGUACAGGGUGCUUUGGGUCUCAGGAUCACAAAACUGGACCGAAUCCAGCUUAUACGUCCUUACGGUUGGAUCGGACAAGCCGAGGCACGUCGAAGUCACAAUGCCAACAGUCUUGUCGGCUUCCAUGGAAUGGGUGUUAGUGGAGGCGCUGAUCCGUACUCCACCAAUCCAACACCGGGGCAGUCUGCACUGGUGUCCUGCUGAUGCCAAACAGAUUACAGGAGAUGGUGAAGACAUUAUUGUGUUUGACACACAAGCCGAAUCAUUCCGGUGGAUGCGUAGUCCGAACCUACUAAUUCAACCUGAUGUGUAUCAUAUGGGCAAUUUGCUCAACAUGCAAGAAGCACUAGCUUUCUCGGUCGUCACGUUGAGCACAUUGGAUGUGUGGGUGAUGCAGGAUUACGAGGCCAAUAUUUGGGCCUUCAAGUACCGGAUUGACCUACCGAGAGUGGAGAAAUCACGACAAUUGAAUUUAACCUCUCUGAAACGGAAAAGGAUGACACCACUUGAUACAACAGUGAGAUGGUUCAAUCAAAUUGCUAUGUUCAACGAUCGUGAGCUCUUGAUCCAGUUUAAUAGGAACCGUGUGUUACGCUGCGAUACUGACGGCAACGUCUCAGGAAUGGUGAAGAUUGCAAAGAACAAUAUUGCAUGGUUCUUACUGGGCAUCGCCUCCAAGAGAGCAUGA